GGCCCGCCCACCCGAGUGAAAGUCCGUGAAGAAGUUGACUCGAGUGUAUGUUGUUGCUGCUGCUGCACGUGAGGCCGUGAUGUCUGUCGAAAGUUAUGAUUUCAUUGUGAUCGGUGCUGGCGUGCAAGGAUCCUUCACCGCCUACCAACUGGCAACGAGGAACAAGAAAACUCUUCUCCUUGAGCAGUUCAGCCUACCACACACUCGAGGGAGCUCCCACGGUCAAACCCGCAUGAUCCGGAAGGCUUACGAGCAGGACUUCUACACCACAAUGAUGAAGGAAUGCUAUGAGCUGUGGGCCCAACUGGAACGUGAGGCGGGCGCUACUCUCUACAGACGAACAGGACUUCUGGUGAUGGGACCAGAGAGCAGUCAGAGCUACAUGGGCUUUAAGAAGAGCCUGGAAAAGAACAAGAGUCCCAUGGUGGUCCUGACCCCUGAGAACUUCAAUCAGCACAUUCCUAACGUCAUCCUGGCUGAUGGAGACGGAGCUUUUGUGGACACCACUGCUGGAGUCUUGUACGCAGAUCGGGCACUCAAGGUUGUGCAGGAUCAGUUUCAGAAGUUGGGUGGUGUCAUUAAAGACCAAGAGAAGGUAACAGACAUCAAACCCGGUCCAACUGUGACGGUGACAGCUUCUGCUGGAGUUUACCGAGCCAAGGGUGUUGUGAUCACAGCUGGACCUUGGGCUAAAACAUUGCUGGCCCACGUGGGCGUACAACUUCCACUUCAGGUCGUUCGUAUCAACGUGUGCUACUGGAAGGAGAAGAUAGCAGAUACGUACCAUGUGAAGAAACGCUUUCCCUGCUUCUUGCUGACCGAGGGAGACGAGGCGAAGCAUCACAUCUACGGCCUGCCUUCCAACGAAUACCCUGGUCUGAUGAAGAUUUGCUACCAUAGCGGCACCGAGACGGACCCCGACCAGAGAGACAAGCUGACAGACAAGUCAGAUAUUGAAAUUCUUCAGCGCUACAUCACCCGCCAUGUCCCUGGACUCAUCCCUCAGCCCGCUGUGGUGGAGAGCUGCAUGUACACGGUGACACCUGAUCAACAUUUUGUGCUGGACCGCCACCCUUCACACGCCAAUAUUGUCAUUGGUGCAGGAUUCUCAGGUCACGGCUUCAAGUUUGGACCCAUGGUUGGCAAGCUGCUGUGUGAACUCAGCCUGGGAGAAGUGCCUUCCUAUGACCUCUCACCUUUCCGAAUCAGCCGCUUUCAGACAAACAUCAAGUCCUCUUUAUAGAUGUUUGGCAGAUCAUAUCUUCUGUGAUUUGAAGUCACAGAAGAUACGAGAGUAUCAUGCAACCACGUAUGAUGAAGCUUGCAGCAUGCUGUAACAACAACAAUAAAAGAGGGAAAGUUUUUGUUGAGAUCCACAAUUUAUUCACCAUCAAAUCAGUCAGCAGUCACCAUAAACUCAAAAUAAUAAUUACUCUACUGUCACUACACAUGAUGAUCACAUUCAACUACACUACUCUCAUUCUUUCAGCAUGUAUUAUUCCAGUCACCCAUUGUAGAUACAGAAAUACAUCCCACAUAAAUACAAAUUGACACAAAACAAAAGCUGAGAUGCCGCAGGGGGGUGAUCUCAAAGGCAAAUGUUUAUUUUCAUUAAGACUGGAUAAAAAAUGAGGGUGUGAUUAUAUUGUAUUGUUAGCUUAUCGAUACUCUUAACUUGUACAAUAAAGUGGAUUAGCUUACAAUUG